AUUUUUGUUCUUCUUAAAAAGCCACAAUUUGUAUAUGAUUUAAUUAGCAUGGAGUUGGCACGAUUCCAGCUGAAGUCUAGAUGUCAACUCGUAAGAUGUUUUCAAAGUUUCCAAAAAGUACACAACAAUGAAAAAAGUUUGCUGAAUCGUUGAAUGCAUUGUUUUAGGCUAAUUCUGUACGUCCACACUGAACAGUGGUGGCUCUGGACUCUUAUUUAUUAUUGUAAAAUAGAGCUGAUUUGAUAGCUGCAACUAUCCGCUUGAAAUUUGACUGUCUCCGUCUCAGGGCAGGUCUCUGAUUAAGAUCACGCCCAUAUUUAAAAAAUGGAAUUUAUAAUGGGUUGAAUUCUGCUAGUGCACAGUGGGAUUUGUAGGUAAUUGGAUUUCAGGAAGCGCGUCUUUAAGCAUUUGGGAGGCGUUAUGCCCAACAAGUUGAGUCUUACAAGUUUGGUUCUUGCAGGUCUCUGAUUACAGUUACAUCCUGCAUGGUAGGCGGGUGUUGAGGGCAAGUGAAUUUCAAAUAGCGGGUCUUUUAGCAUUUGGAAGGUAUAGUACCGAGUGGAGUUUUGGGCCUUAUAUCAGAAGUUUGAGAUUUGAACAGAGGAUUGUCUAUAUAGAUUAUCGUAAGAGUUGGGUUUUGGGUAUUCGUUUAUUUUAUAUAUUGUAAUUUGGCGACAAUUUGUUGUGAAUAAUUGGACUUUUAAAUUGACCAAUAUGAUUUUGGGUUCAAUAUCUUGUCUACAAAAUCCGAUUUUUGGGGAGGCCUCAAAAGGAAUCUUGUAUCGGACUGAGAAUUUCUCUUUCAGUCCAAGGCAUGUGCUUGUUAGACAAUCCCCACAUACGAUGUCCACUAGAUGUUAUUGUAGUAUCCUAGGAACUGUUAGUCAUACAGCAUGCCAUUCUAGGAAAUCAGUAAAUCCUGAAAGAAUUGAUUGUUUAACUAGAAUUCCCCAGAAAUUUCAUAGACAAAAUAGGAUUCAGAAGGGAUUUACCUUAUUUCGAGGAUAUAAAUCCAGCAAUUUCGAUUAUGGUAAAAAACAGGUGGUUUUAUCUUCAUUAUCCUCAUUUGCAGAGCCUGAUGGAGAAGAUAUUGAGAGAAAUUACUUUGACAAGGAAGAGAAUAAAGAUUAUAAAAUAAGCAACAGUACUUCAAGGCUUGAUAAGGGUGGGGCUCAGAAUCAAAAAGUGCAAGGAAUGUCAGAAGCAUUUAACAUCUCCCCCCAAACAGCCUUUGCCAUUUCAGGAAGCAUUGCAUUAGCAGCCCUCGUUCUUCCACUGUUGAUGAAAUCUCUAGGACAUGGCCUGCCUAUGAAAACAAAGAGUCUUUCUUAUCUAACACUACUGUGUGGGUUCUAUAUGGCAUGGAAUAUAGGUGCCAAUGAUGUUGCAAAUGCAAUGGGAACUUCAGUUGGCUCAGGUGCACUAACAUUGAGACAGGCUGUGUUGAUAGCAGGAUUCUUGGAAUUUUCAGGAGCUUUUUUGAUGGGUUCACAUGUCAGUAGCACCAUGCAGAACGGAAUUUUGGUUGCAAAUGUAUUUAAUGGCAAGGAUUCUCUGCUAUUUGCAGGUAUGCUGUCAUCAUUAGCAUCUGCAGGCACAUGGUUGCAGUUAGAAGAUAGCAGAGAGCAUACUCAACCUGGCUUUGAUGAGCAUGCACCUCUUCCUCCUAUCAAAUGGUCAACACCAGAGCAUACAGAUUUGACCACCUUGAUGCGGCCAGUCAUGACAUAUACAAAGUGGUGGGUUAAUCAGAAGUGUCACAGGCUGAAGCAAAAGAAUAUAACUUUGACUUAUAAUCUAAUGGGAGUAGCAGAAGGAUAUUCUUCAAAUGAAGAAGCCACACAAAAUGCCAGACCAAGCGAGAGUGCUAAAAGGAAGGGGAAGGCAGUUGAAAAUGAAGAACUUGCUCAGAAGAAGAAAAGGAUAGAACCAUCUCGUUCCGCCACAUCAAGGAAUGAGAAAUACAUAUUAACUAUUGAUGAAUCAUUGGCUGAAAUAAAAAUUCCUUCUUCAGUUCAUGAGCGAAAUGCAGAAUCAGUCCAUCAGGAAGACGAAUAA